CAUCGGAGGAGCGACGGCCGGAGGCGGCGGCGUAGGCCCCGGCGGGGUGUUUGGUUUCGGUUUGGCCCUGACUGGAGUUAGUACUGACGGUGGAAAUGGGAGUCCCCAAGUUUUACCGAUGGAUCUCGGAGCGGUAUCCCUGCCUCAGCGAAGUGGUGAAGGAGCAUCAGAUUCCUGAAUUUGAUAACUUAUACCUGGAUAUGAAUGGAAUUAUACAUCAAUGUUCCCAUCCUAAUGAUGAUGAUGUUCACUUCAGAAUUUCAGAUGAUAAAAUCUUUACUGAUAUUUUUCACUACUUGGAGGUGUUAUUUCGCAUUAUUAAACCUAGGAAGGUGUUCUUCAUGGCCGUUGAUGGUGUGGCUCCUAGAGCAAAGAUGAAUCAGCAGCGUGGCAGGCGUUUUAGGUCAGCAAAAGAGGCAGAAGACAAAAUUAAAAAGGCUGUAGAAAAAGGAGAAACUCUUCCUACAGAGGCCAGAUUUGAUUCCAACUGCAUUACACCAGGGACUGAAUUCAUGGCCAGGUUACAUGAACAUCUGAAGUAUUUUGUAAAUAUGAAAAUUUCUACAGACAAGUCAUGGCAAGGAGUUACCAUCUACUUCUCAGGCCAUGAGACUCCUGGAGAAGGAGAACAUAAAAUCAUGGAGUUUAUCAGAUCCGAGAAGGCAAAGCCAGAUCAUGAUCCAAACACCAGACACUGUCUUUAUGGCUUAGAUGCUGACUUGAUUAUGCUUGGAUUAACAAGUCAUGAGGCACAUUUCUCUCUUUUAAGAGAAGAGGUUCGGUUUGGUGGCAAAAAGACACAAAGAGUGUGCGCACCAGAAGAAACCACAUUUCACCUCCUACACUUGUCUUUAAUGAGAGAGUAUAUUGACUAUGAGUUUUCAGCAAUCAAAGACAAGAUCACAUUUAAAUACGAUAUUGAAAGGAUAAUAGAUGAUUGGAUUUUGAUGGGAUUUCUUGUUGGCAAUGAUUUUAUCCCUCAUCUACCUCAUUUACAUAUUAAUCAUGAUGCACUGCCUCUUCUUUAUGGAACAUAUAUAACCAUCUUGCCAGAACUUGGGGGUUAUAUUAAUGAAAGUGGGCAUCUCAACUUACCUCGAUUUGAGAAAUACCUUGUGAAACUAUCAGAUUUUGAUCGAGAACACUUCAGUGAAGUUUUUGUGGACCUCAAGUGGUUUGAAAGCAAAGUUGGUAACAAGUACCUCAAUGAAGCAGCAGGUGCCGCAGCAGAAGAAGCCAAGAACUACAAGGAAAAGAAAAAAUCAAAGGGCCAGGAAAACUCUGUAUGUUGGGCUGCUUUAGACAAAAAUGGAGAAGAAGUGGUAACUUCUAAGGACAAUUUAGAAGAUGAGACUGAAGAUGAUGACCUAUUUGAAACCGAGUUUAGACAGUAUAAAAGAACAUAUUACAUGACAAAAAUGGGAGUUGACGUAGUUUCUGAUGACUUUCUGGCUGAUCAAGCUGCAUGUUAUGUUCAGGCAAUACAGUGGAUUUUGCACUAUUACUAUCAUGGAGUUCAGUCUUGGAGCUGGUUUUAUCCAUACCAUUAUGCACCUUUCCUAUCUGAUAUCCGCAACAUCAGUACACUCAAAAUCCAUUUUGAACUAGGAAAACCUUUUAAGCCAUUCGAACAGCUUCUUGCUGUACUUCCAGCAGCUAGCAAAAAUUUACUUCCUACAUGCUACCAGCAUUUGAUGACCAGUGAAGACUCGCCAAUUAUAGAAUAUUAUCCACCUGAUUUUAAAACUGACCUAAAUGGGAAACAACAGGAAUGGGAAGCUGUGGUACUAAUACCUUUUAUUGAUGAGAAGCGAUUGUUGGAAGCCAUGGAGACAUGCAACCAUUCCCUCAAAAAAGAAGAGAGAAAAAGAAACCAACAUAGUGAGUGCCUAAUGUGCUGGUAUGAUAGCAACACAGAGUUCACGUACCCCUCUCCAUGGCCAGAAAAGUUCCCUUCCAUAGCACGAUGCUAUGCAAGGUAUAAAAUAAUAUCAUUAGAUGCUUGGCGUGUAGACAUAAACAAGAACAAAAUAACCAGGGUUGACCAGAAGGCAUUAUAUUUCUGUGGAUUUCCUACUUUGAAACACAUCAAACACAAAUUUUUUUUGAGGAAAAGUGGGGUUCAAGUAUUCCAGCAAAGCAGUCGUGGAGAAAACAUGAUGUUGGAAAUCUUAGUGAAUGCAGAGUCAGAUGAACUAAGUGUAGAAAAUAUAGCUUCAUCAGUGCUUGGGAAGUCUGUCUUUGUUAAUUGGCCUCAUCUUGAAGAAGCUAGAGUUGUUGGUGUAUCAGAUGGAGAAACUAAGUUUUACUUGGAAGAACCUCCAGGAACACAGAAGCUUUAUUUGGGAGGAACUGUGCCACCCUCUAAAGUGGUCCAUCUUGGAGACAAAGAACAAUCUAACUGGACAAAAGAAGUACAAGGAAUUUCAGAAUUCUACCUGAGAAGAAAAGGAAUUAUAAUAAAUGAAACAUCUGCAGUUGUAUAUGGUCAGUUACUCACAGGUCGUAAAUAUCAAAUAAAUCAAAAUGGCGAAGUCCGUCUAGAGAAACAGUGGUCAAAGCAAGUUCUUCCAUUUGUUUAUCAGACUAUUGUCAAAGACAUCCGAGCUUUUGACUCCCGUUUCUCCAAUAUCAAAACGUUGGAUGACUUGUUUCCUCCUAGAAGUACGGUCUUUAUGCUGGGAACACCCUAUUAUGGAUGCACUGGAGAAGUCCAGGAUUCAGGGGAUGUGAUUAUAGAAGGCAGGAUUCGUGUGGUUUUCAGUAUUCCAUGUGAACCCAAUCUUGAUGCUUUAAUACAGAACCAGCAUAAAUAUUCUAUAAAGUACAACCCAGGAUAUGUGUUGGCCAGUCGCCUUGGAGUGAGUGGAUACCUUGUUUCAAGGUUUACAGGAAGUAUUUUUAUUGGAAGAGGAUCUAGGAGAAACCCUCAUGGAGACCAUAAAGCAAAUGUGGGUUUGAAUCUCAAAUUCAACAAAAAAAAUGAGGAGGUACCUGGAUAUACUAAGAAAGUUGGAAGUGAAUGGAUGUAUUCAUCUGCAGCAGAACAACUUAUUGCAGAGUACUUGGAGAGAGCUCCAGAACUAUUUAGUUAUAUAGCCAAAAAUAGCCAAGAGGAUGUGUUCUAUGAAGAUGAUAUUUGGCCUGGAGAAAAUGAGAAUGGUGCUGAGAAAGUUCAAGAAAUUAUUACUUGGCUAAAGGGACAUCCUGUCAGUACUUUGUCUCGGUCUUCUUGUGAUUUACAAAUUCUGGAUGCAGCUAUUGUUGAGAAAAUUGAAGAAGAAGUUGAAAAGUGCAAGCAAAGAAAGAAUAAUAAGAAGGUUCGAGUGACAGUGAAGCCUCAUUUGCUAUACAGACCUUUAGAACAGCAACAGGGAGUCAUUCCUGACCGGGAUGCAGAAUUUCGUCUCUUUGACCGUGUUGUAAAUGUGAGAGAGAACUUUUCCGUUCCAGUCGGCCUUCGGGGCACCAUCAUAGGAAUUAAAGGGGCUAACAGAGAAGCUGAUGUACUAUUUGAAGUAUUAUUUGAUGAAGAGUUUCCUGGAGGCUUAACAAUAAGGUGCUCACCUGGUAGAGGUUACCGACUGCCAACAAGUGCCUUGGUGAACCUUUCUCAUGGGAGUCGCUCUGAAACAGGAAAUCAGAAGUUGACAGCCAUUGUGAAACCACAGCCAGCUGUGAAUCACUAUAGCUCAAAUUCAUCAAUUUCAUCUGGGCAUUUGGGAGGCCUGAACCAUUCCCCUCAAUCACUUUUUGUUCCUACUCAAGUCCCUGCUAGAGAUGAUGAGGAAUUUUGCAACAUUUGGCAGUCCUUGCAGGGCUCUGGGAAGGUUCCACACUUCCAGCCCCCUCUGCAAGACAAGGGUGCAGUUCUACCUCAAGAAAUAAGUCAAGUAACUCAACAUCAUAAAUCUGGCUUUAAUGACAACAGUGUUAAGCAAAGAAAACAUGAGCCUCACAGAAAAUUUAAAGAAGAGUGUAAGAGUCCUAAAACUGAAAGUCGGUCACAAAAAGUAUCACAUAGUCAGACGUUUGGAGGGCCUGCCAAAUGUAAUAUUAAGCUAUUGAAGAGAAGUGACAGUGCAGAAGUCUCAGAAAACCAAAAGGUUGUGACUAGUUAUCCAAAUGCUGUUGAUAAGCCUAAUCCUGGAAUUGAGAACUUCUUAGCAUCCUUGAAGAUCUCCAAAGAAAAUGAAGUACAGUCAUCUCAUCAUGAAGAGCCUCCAAGCGAAGAACAUUUGUCACCACAGUCAUUUGCUAUGAAGGGAACUCGGAUGCUUAAAGAAAUUCUAAAAAUUGAUGGCUCUGACACAGUGGACCAUAAGAAUGAUAUGAAACAGUUUGGUAAUGAAGUCACUGCUUCCUCUAAUAGAAGAGAUGAAUAUGGAUCUUCCUCACAGCCUAAACAAAGUAAGAAAUUAACAUCUUAUACGAACAAGCCUCACAGUGCUAGUGAGUACCAUAAUGUCCAGUCUGUGGACAGUGUGUGCUGGCCUGCUCCCAGCCAGAUUCCUCCUGUGUCCACACCAGUAGCUGAACUUUCUAGAAUUUGUUCCCUUGUUGGAAUGCCACAACCAGAUUUCUCCUUUCUGAGAACACCACAGACAAUGACAGUUUGUCAGGUAAAAUUAUCUAAUGGCUUAUUGGUACAUGGGCCACAGUGCCAUUCUGAAAAUGAAGCCAAGGAAAAAGCUGCACUCUUUGCUUUACAACGAUUGGGCUCCUUAGGAGUGAGUUUCCCUUUGCCUCCACCAAUAUUUCCAAGUUAUCCUCCUGCUGUACCACCUGGAACCAUUCCUCCAGUUUUUCCCCAACCUACUGGCUGGGAUCACUAUGGAAGCAACUUAGCAUUGGGGGCAGCUAAUAUAAUGCCUUCAUCAUCUCAUCUCUUUGGCUCAAUGCCAUGGGGACCACCAAUGCCAGUUCCUGGGAAGCCCUUCCAUCAUACUUCAUAUGCCGGGACCAUGCCUAUGGCUGGAGGAAGAGCUGGUGUGCACAAUCAGUUCAUACCUCUACAGGUAACUAAAAAAAGGGUUGCAAACAAAAAGAACUUUGAGAAUAAGGAGGCCCAGAGUUGUCAAGCCACCCCAAUUCAGACUAGCCAGUCAGUGUCUUCUGAUGUCACCAAAGUAAUUCCACAGGAGAGUUCGUCAGCUUCCUUAAAGUCCUCUCAGAUUACUCAACCUGUGUCUUCUUUUCAAGUUGAAGCUGCCUCCCCAGGCCAUAGUAUAUCUCACCGUAAGUCAACACCAAGCUCCUCAAGAAGAAAAUCAAGAAAACUGGCUGUCAACUUUGGCAUUUCUAAACCUUCUGAAUAAAUUUGGUACUUGGAAUUAAAUUAAUUUCUUUCCUUUCCUCCCACCUUUUUAUAAAUCCAUAUCUGUGUCUCAUAAAAAACUACAAUGUACUAUUUUAAAACAAUAUAUUUCAAUUAAAAUUUUUUAAUUUUUUAGUUGUCAGGCACUUUUCAUGCUGUUUAAAAGACCAUACAUCAAAUUGUGCAUCUUAAGUAUGUGCAGUUUGUUCUACAUCAAUUAUACCUCAAUAAAGCUGUAAAAAAUAAAAAAAAAGACUAAAUUAAACCUUGUGGUAAAUUAAUAUCAGUGGACUAAGCAUUCUCAUGUACCACUCUAACCACUGGCUUCAUCAUUACAAGCAUCCUAAACUAUGAAUUAAACAUCAUAUUGCAAUAAUUAUAAACAUUUUUUACACUAUCAUUGAGGGAUAAUUAAACGGAGCAUGAAAAUUGGGCCUCGAGUAUAAUUUACUGAAUGUGGGUUUUCUUUCUCUUUUUAAUGAUGUAACAGAAUUGUCAGGAGAAUGGCUCUUAUUUAUAGGUAUUUUAACUUCUGUUCUUUUAUCUCCAAGGGUCCUAUAGACCUGCUGUGAAGUGAUCACAUUUGUGGUGGUGCUGCCAGUUUUGCUUUAUUCUCAAUUUUGUACCAAAGCCACUUCAGAAUACUGAUCAGAAUAUUUCAUUUAACUGCUUAGAACUAUAAAUAGCAAUCUAGAUUUGAGUAAGUAAUUACAGUUUUUUAAAUUAUUCAAGAACCAGCAUUAGUAAUUUCUAAUAAAAUUGUUUCAAAAUCUACAGGGUAUAAUAAUUACAAAUUAAUCUUCUAAUAGAAUAAAGUACAAAAUAUUAAUCAUAUCGUUAAUUAAAAUAAAUUGUAUUAUCCUUUUCUAUAGCUUUUUACCUGCUUACUUAAACAUACAUGAGAGCUUCAUUGCUGGUCCAUGUGUAGUGCUUCCUGGGACUGAUGAAAUUCUGAAUUUUUUAAAAUUCCAAGGUGUGCACAGGCACAAUCAGUGUGUAAUGUAUAUUAUUUAUAUGACAAAUGCCUGUCUCGUUCUCUUUCCAUAUUUUUAGCUUUAUUCUGAACUGUCCAGUGACUGGCAUUUUGUCUUUGCAUGUCGUGUGUGGGUGUGUAUUGUUCAAGCUGUGGCUAUUGAAAUUAUUUUAGUUUAUAAAAAUUUCUCAGUGGUACCAGGGCCUGAGUUUUUAUAUAUAUAUUUAUGCUUUAGUUUUUGUGAUAUGCUUAUAUUUUUAAGGAAGUAAGUUAUCAUACUUUUUUAAAAGUAGGAACCACAAUCUUUGUAUGAAACUGCUUAUUAUUAUAUACAGUUUCAUUUGGCUCAUUGAAAACUCAGCCAUGAGUCUUAGUCUAUUUUUUUUUAAGAACGCUAAUGUUGAAUUAAAUGAAUUUCUUUCUCUAUCUGCUAAAUGUUAGAGUUUCUCUAAAUGUUAAUAGGAUAUUUGUAUAUUAGUAGUGCCUUUAGUAUAAUAGAUAAAUGUCAUCUGUCAUUGAUCAUAGUUUUGUGAGUUUCUGUGAUUUUAUUUGCUGUUAAUUUUCCUAGAUUCAGAUGUUCAUUGGUUCCCAACAUUUCUUUCUAGGGGAAUAUUUGUUUCUCUGUAAUGGGAUCUUGAGUAAUGCGACUCAAGUAAUUCUCAGUGUUUGUCCUUAUUGCCCCACAAACUUUUUUUUUAAAAAAGGAAACAUCUAUUAUGGGAAUACAAUACAAAAAAGUUAAAUUGUGACGAUAAGAUUAUUUUAACCUCUUACUGCUUUAAAGUGUAUAAUAUUUUUCACCUAUGUAACUCUACAAACCCCAGCAUUCAAGAAUUGCCUCACUUAUCAUUGCUCUGCGACUACUCUGUAAGCAGUGUACAGCUCACAUCUUUUUUAAAGCACAGAAGAAGGAGCACAUGCCAUCUUCUGAAAACUCCAAGAGAAAUUUUGGUAAGCAUAGUGCCACUGAACCCAUAUGAGGAUGUUUCCUCAAUAUUCAAGCCAAGCAAGCUGACAAUUCUAGAUGGACAGGCAAUAAAAGUAUUUUCUUUUCGUUCUUUCUUCUCUUUUUAAAAAGACAUAUUAUUCUAAAAGUCAAGGCUAAAGAGAGACUAGAUUAAAAUGGGAGAGAGCUCCAUAAUGACUUCUAAUUGUCAGGCAUUAGUCUAUAUUCUCUUUGCUUUGUACACCUAUUCCAAAUGUGGGCCUGAGAGAAUAGAUGUGCCCUCUCUGGGGAGGAUGUGAGAAGCAGAGGCUGUUUUUAUCUCAUAACAGUCUUGAGGAGACUAGAUCCGCUAAUAGAUUGAGAAACUAACAGUUUUUCCUUUUUUGGAUGGCGUAGACUCAGAAUACCCCAAAGUUUAGAAAUAUGCCCAUUCAACUGUUGAAUCUGUUGUGGCCUCUCUGUGGAAACCAUGGGCUGUAUAAGGCACAGAAGAGCAGAUUCCCCAAAAUGCUUCGUGCUUCCACAUAACAAGAGCAGUUAAAUCUACUUAAACCUUUUUCUUCUCACUGAAACAUUAUUUCUAAAUAUCCCUAUUCAAUAUAAUUUUUUCCCUUUUUUUUGAGCAAAUUAAGUGAAUUUUGAUGAUUGGUCCUUUCAGUCUCAUUGUUCCUUUUCACCGUUUGCUACAUUACCUGAGUGUUAUGAUUUUACCGAUACACUGUAUUAAUUGACUUAAACAUAAUGUAGACUCAAGUCUUAAACAUCUGAGACUCAGUUGCCUGAAAAAUUAAUUUCCCCUCUGUAAGACUUUCCUUGCUGUUCAGAGGGAUAAGCAGUUCUUUUAGAACUAAAAAGAUGAGGAGAGCCUAUUUUUUCCUAUUGGUGGGACAGAUGAAAAACUCUUGAUGCAGGUUUUUUGUUGUUUAUUUCCUUUGCUAUGAUCAGACGCUUGCUUUGGUUUUAGACUGAUAUUUUUCAAACUAAUCUAGAUUUUUGGGGAGGGGGCAGAGAGGGAGGCGAUUGGAAGAAGGAAACCAGUUAAAUGAGGCCUAUCCAACACUGCAUUUUCAGACUAUAUCUUUCUAGCUCAAGGAAAUAGAUAAGCUGCAGGGUCUUUUUUAUUCACUCACUUUUAGAUCAUCUAUUUGUAUUAAUAAAUCAUACAUCUUCAUAGUGAUUGUCUAAUUUUUACCUUUAAGAUAGCUAGAACUGUCCAACUUUCCACUGAAGUUCAUUCUAAUAUGCUUCAUCUCAUUGUCCAGAGCCUCUUUUUUAAAGCAGCUAUGUACAGUUUCCCAGCUUUUUGAGGUUGCUAUAUUUCUUAGUAUCAUCUUGCUGCCAAAUUCUGUUUUUACUGUGGAGGAGAAUUAAUUUAUUGGAGAGAAAUGACCAUGACAGGCAUUUUCUACCUUUUAAAAAAAUGAAUCACAGAAAUUCCCUUAUCUUUUUAGAGACGGUGGUAGAACUCAAACUGGCAGUGAUCUUUAUGUACAUUUCGUAAACUUGGUCAGUGAAACAGUCUUUUUUGCAGGAGCUUCCUUUCCUAGUUAGGAUAAUGCUUAAAAUUCCAGAAGUGAAUAUGUUUCAGGCAGAGCUGGUUCAUAUUUCCAUCAGACCACUCCAUCUUCCGCCAGGGAGCAGUAAGGGACAGCGUUGAGACAGACAGAACGGGGACAGGUGAGUGUUUCACUGACUUAACUCCAACACCACUGAUCCUUCUUUUAGAGAGAGAAAGAAACAGGUAUAAAAUAGUUUUGUAGUUAAGAAUGUCAGUGAUCCAUAGCUGCUUGUGUGUGUGUGUGUGUGUGUGUGUGUGUGUGUGUACCAACAGUAAUGCCUUGCUCAAUCAGUGCAUUCAGCCAUCUCAAGUGCAAUUCACGAUGGAGACUCUGGUUUCCAAUAGGUAAAGUUUUACAUAGUUAAACCUGUAAAAAUUAAUUUUUUUCCAGCAGUAUACCUAUCGCUAUUUCAGCAAUCAGUAUACUAUUAAAUUGCCCAGGCCAAAUAAUUAAGUUUCUGUAGAUGUUUUAGUUAUUUGAGCCAAAUCCUCAUACUGUUUUCUCAUGAAGUAAUAGGAGUGAGAAUUUGGUCCACGGUUUGCUUUAAGUUCUCUUAUUCCUUUCUUUUCCUUACAGCUAAAGGGCUUUUUUGUUUGUUUGGGGGCUUGGGGACUUUUUUUGCCUUAAGUCUCUUACAUUUUCUUUUGCCUGCACCCAGUUGCUUCUUUGAGUGUUUUCAUCUGUUUUGAUAUAUGAGUAAUAGCAUACCAUAUCAUCAAAGUGUUCAACAUUUUGCUCAUUUAAACAAUGUAAGUAAAUAUAAUUCAAACAUAUAUAUAUAUAUAUAUAUAUACACACACACACAUAUAUCUUUAAUUCCUUUCUUUCCUCACAUAAGUAUUUUAUAAGUAACUGGAAUUUUUCAUUAGAUCUUAUACAGAGCGGUAUUUUAUUAAAAAUUCAAAAGGGAAGACUUUUAUGUGCUCAUUUUGUAGUUUUUGUUUUUUAAAUAUCUUUACAUUGUCUGCAAUUACAGUGUUUUAAACUUGCAUUGGAAUGGACUUGGAAUGUAUUUUUGUGUUAAGCUGUACAUUUGUAGAUUUCUAAGAAAGCAUGAAGUUAGCCUCAAAAUGUUGUGCAAAAGGAUUUUAAAAUAUAUGAGUCACUGAAAGAGUUUAAACAUCUGUACAUGUUAAAUGCUAUAUGGAUUUUAAUUAAACCUUUGA